GCUUGUGCGCAUGUUUGGAUGUAGCGGUGCAGGACAGCAUCAUUGCAUGGUUGAUGUCCAGCUGGAAGGCGCGAAGAAAAGGCGAAUUAGCAAAAUAAAUUUAAAGCUUUCUUGUCAGAAUUCGUGACGGACCAGGAGGCAUCAUGAGUAAAGUGCAGGGCGGGAUGAAAUGCGUGAAAUAUCUGCUUUUCGUUUUCAACUUCAUCUUCUGGCUGUCGGGCCUGCUGGUUCUGGCAGUGGGACUGUGGCUCAGGUUCGAUCCAGAGACGGUGGAGCUUCUGACAGGUGAUGGAGCCCCGGACACCUUUUUCAUUGCGGUGUACAUCCUCCUCGGGGCAGGAGGGUUGAUGAUGAUCGUCGGGUUCUUCGGCUGUUUUGGGGCCGUACGAGAGUCUCAGUGUCUUCUCUCGUCGUUCUUCGCCUGCCUCCUGAUCAUCUUUGGAGCAGAAAUCGCAGCUGGUGUGUUUGGAUUCUUAAACAAGGAACAGAUUGUUGAGGAAGUCCAAAAGUUUUACAGCAGCUCCAUCUCUGACGUCUCCAACGCCAAUGGCACUGCAAUAGCUCUCCUUUACCACAAAACUCUGAACUGCUGUGGAGGAUCCAUGUCAGAAACCUCAACUGCUCUCUGUGCAGACUCUACUCCAGAGGACACACCGGACUGUCUCACUGCUAUAACAGACUUCUUCAAUGAGAAGCUGCACAUCAUCGGAUUCAUUGGGAUUGGAAUCGCAGGAGUCAUGAUCGUUGGCAUGUUCCUCAGCAUGUUCCUGUGUUGUGCCAUCAGGAAUAACAGGGAGGUUAUAUAGUCGAUUAGCACCCUUCCCUCUUCCAUCCCAUUCCCACCAGCCAAUAAGCCCACUACACCCUCCUGCAUCCCUUCAGAAUCAACCCCGUCUGCAAGAGAAGGGACACACCAAAGUUACAUUUCACUUUCAUUUCUCACAGUCCAGAGUGAGCUGGUGGGGGAUUUCCUCAAAAAAGAAAGAAGAUUUCAUCCGUCUACAGGUCAAAUUCAACACGAUACGCUGGAUCGUUUCUUUUUUUUCUCCCCCACUCCACAGGCCCUGAAAAAGUUAACCCUCUGCUCUUUUUCAUAACACUCGCUCUGCUUUUGGCACAACUCUGUUACAGUCCUCCGUUACAACAUCUUUCUGUUCACUGCAACUCCAACACGACUCAGAACAUGGAGCCUUCUUUGACACGGGAAUGUUGUGAUUGAGGAGUAAUGCUGUAAAUACCAACACCUAUGUUAUGCACCUGCUCUUGACAUUAUUUAUCGCUCUCUUUUGAAGUCAUUUAUUGGCCUUAUCUUGUGUGCUUAAAUGUUUGGAGGACUAGUCGACCUUUGCAGAGUGAGUUUCCAUAAUGUGCCUACUGUAUAUUUAUUCACAACGAUAAGCCUCCAGCUUCAUUUUCCUGCUGAUUUCGAUAUGUACAUAACGCCUGUGCUUAGUCCUAGCCAACACACUCUCGAGUAUUUCUUUUUUUAGAGCACAAUACAGGACAUGUAGGCAUGGUUUGAACCCGAAGUGUGAGAAAAUGUCUGAUGAUAAACUGCCACUCUGAAUCUCCAAAUUCUAAAAGGUCAUGAGUAACACGACGUCUUGAGCUCUCCCGGGGAGCAUGUGUGAACUGUAACAGUGAGUUAGUUUGCCUUUUUGUGUGGAUUAUUUUGGAUGUAAAUUUUGUUGGUGUGCCAAUAAGAUGUGAAUUAUAGGAUAAUAUAGUUUAUGUCAUACUCUUAACCUUAAUAAAAACACAUUUUGUGUGCUUUUA